AGCCUUCCGCCGCUCCUCCCGGGGACUUACUGGACCAAGGCACCGGAGGAGCGGACAAGGAUGGCGCCCUGCUGCUGGUGGCUCCGGGGCGGGAUGACUUCAAACGGGGAUCUCAGGGCAUCGGCAUCGGGCUGCUGGCUAAGACCCCCCUGAACUACACCCGCCCGGCUAAGAGGAAUAACAUCCGCAAGAGGAGGAUCCAGAACCUAAUUUAUGACACGCUGGAGAGGCCGAGAGGAUGGGCGCUGCUCUACCACGCGUUUGUCCUGCUCUGCCUGAAAGUCUCGGCUCAGGGUAGAAACGCCCUCAGAGGCAGCUCAUCACAAGAGAGAACAGCACUUUCUGACCAGAUGAGUCUGAAGAGGCUGACUCAUCAUGUUUCCUGUUCAACUGACAAUGCGCGUUUCUCUGCAACACGACAUAUGCACCUUCCAGUAUGGCUGCUCCAUAUGUUGUGUGGUGUCCGAGCUGCACAUGACAUCACAUGUACACACUCAGCUUUUUAUCAGCUGAAAUCCCAGAAACAGCAGCUUCAGCAGAGGUUUUUGAUCGUUCUGGGCUGUUUGAUCCUGGCCAUACUGACGACAUUCAAGGAACACGAGAAGGUGUCUGCACACUGGCUGGUCAUACUGGAAACCUUCGCCAUCUUCAUCUUCGGAGCAGAGUUUGCACUGAGGAUCUGGGCAGCAGGAUGCUGCUGUCGCUACAAAGGAUGGAGGGGGAGGCUGAAGUUCGCUCGCAAGCCCCUGUGCAUUUUAGACAUCUUUGUGUUGAUUGCCUCGGUGCCGGUGGUGGCGGUGCGGAACCAGGGUAACGUGUUGGCCACGUCCCUGCGCAGCCUGCGCUUCCUGCAGAUUCUGCGGAUGCUGCGCAUGGACCGGAGAGGAGGGACCUGGAAACUGCUGGGCUCUGCCAUCUAUGCCCACAGCAAGGAACUGAUCACAGCGUGGUACAUUGGCUUCCUGUCUCUCAUCCUGGCGUCCUUCCUGGUCUACCUGGUGGAGAAGGACGACGUCUCCGUGAACACGUCCAACCAUGAAAACCCCACAGCUCGGACCGAACCGCAGGAUUUUGACACCUAUGCUGAUGCUCUGUGGUGGGGACUGGUCACUCUGACCACCAUUGGUUACGGAGACAAAACCCCAAAAACCUGGGCUGGGAGACUGUUAGCCGGCACCUUUGUUCUGAUCGGAGUGUCCUUCUUCGCUUUGCCUGCAGGUAUCCUGGGUUCAGGCUUGGCUCUGAAGGUCCAGGAGCAGCACAGGCAGAAGCACUUUGAGAAGCGCCGACAUCCAGCUGCCGGGCUCAUCCAGUCCGCCUGGAGGUAUUAUUCCACCAAUCCAAUCAGGGAAGACCUUACUGCCACGUGGAGAUUUUAUGAAGCUAUCAUCUCUCUUCCCUGCUUCAGGAAGGAUCACCUGGAGGCCAUAGCGAGUCAAAAGCUGAGUUUACUCGAGCGUGUUCGCCUCCCCAAUGCAAGAAUGUCGGUUGGGACGGGCAAGAAGCUCACAGGUACGGUUGAUGCCAUCGAGGAAAGUCCCUCCAAGGAGCCCAAACCUGCCGGCUUCAGUAACAGGGAGCGCUUCCGGACUGCCUUCCGCAUUAGGGCCUCUACGCUCCGCCAGAGCACUGAAGAUGCCGGAGCUCUGGCAGAUCCAGCCUUAGAGGAGCGGGCCUUCCCUCCAGACAUCCUCCUGGAGGAGAUGAUUCCCACUCUGAAACUGGUCAUCAGGGCAGUCAGGAUCAUGCAAUUCCUCCUAAACAAGAAGCGGUUUAAGGAAACUCUGAGGCCUUACGAUGUCAAAGACGUGAUUGAGCAGUACUCUGCCGGACACCUGGACAUGCUCUGUAGAAUUAAAUACCUCCAGACAAGGAUUGACAUGAUACUUGCCCCUGGACCCUCCCUCACUCCAAAACACAAGAAAACUCAAAAAACGCCUUUUGCCUACCCACCCAAUCAGUCACCCAGGCACGAACCGUACCUAGCCAAAGCCGCCUCCAUGCCAGAUGCUGAAGACCAAAGCAUGAUGGGUAGAUUUGUCAGGGUGGAAAGACAGGUGGAGGACAUGGAGAAGAAGUUGGACUUUCUGGUGGACAUGCACAUCCAGCACUCCGAGCACCUGCAGGUGGACUCUGCGGGUGGUGCCCACAUGACCCUGGACACCUGCGAUCCUAUGAGGAAUGGUGAGAUGAGACAGGUUUUCCUCAACUAUGCCGAGGUGUUCCCGCACAUGUCGUUCCAGGCGCCUGUUGGGACUGGACGGGGGGAGGGGGUGGGGUUGGUAGAUGGAGCUCCAGAGCACGUCCACCAGCGCCACCCUCCAGCACCCAUCCCUCUGUACACCGAACGCCCCACAGUGUUGCCCAUUAGCCCCCUGCAGGACUUGUCAGUGGGGCCAGGUAGGACCGCAGGGGGGCAAGGGGCUGACUCUCCUCUUUCCAUGUUGUCGGUGAAUCACGAGGAGCUGGAGCGCUCGCCCAGUGGGUUCAGCAUCUCUGGGGAGCGGGAGGAAGGGGUGGACCUGUUGAUGGGGGGAAGGGUGGGAACUGAGGACGCCGGCUGGACAAGACCCAGACCAAGCUACCUGGCGGAGGGGGAGACGGACACAGACACUGACCCCUUCACGCCCAGUGGGGGGCCCCUGCCGCUAUCCUCCACGGGGGAGGGAUUUGGUGAUGCUGUGUGGGACACGCCACCUUGAAACAUGUUCAUGUGACCACACAGUCGUUCACGACCUUGAGUGAAGACCUUAAUUCCAACCCAUGCCUCUAAGCCCAAUUCAGUUUGGGUCAAAGUCACACCUCUGGACCAAAUCAUUUGGAUGAAAGGUGGGUCUAAUCCACCUUGAUGUUGCAAGAUUGCGAGAGAGGUCAUCAACCGUCAAAGGCCUCCGCGGAUCUCAUCGACCGAGUGCCGUCCAGACAGAGAGCCAUGGCAUCGAGACUGCCCAGAAACAAAGGGAAAGCAGAUGUUUGUAAAGUAGAACUCUGUACAGUGCACACUUCACAAAAACUUAGCUAAAACAAAAAAGAACAUUAAUAUACAUACUAUAUACACCCAAAAGCUUUAUCGCUGCAAAGCCAAGCGCACUGCAUGUAACGCAUGCAACUUUUAGUGUAGACACUGCAAAGUUCAGGAUUUCAGGAAAAGGAGAAAGAGAUUGAACGGAUACAUAUACCUGCUAUGCCAUUUUGUAUCACUUAUUUUUUAUAUGAAUACAUCUUCAUCGUUUUUUGCAUGGUUUGCAUGAUAAUGCAACAUUCAAGGGGCAAUGGUUGGUGGUACUAGAACCAAAAGUCUCCUGUCUCCUUUGUUGUGUCUGUCGUUUGGCGAGUAUGUUUCCAGGAGUGUUUGUGUGAGUGUGUGUGACUGGGAGAGAGAACACGCUGGUUCGUUGCUGGCAGUCCUUCUCACACAGUGCUCUAACUCUUCAAGAGUCAGUUCUGUCCAGAAACCAGAACUUUGGCUCUCGUCACUUUGUUUUCACUGCUGUGCUCUUGAGUUGUGUGUCACCACUUUGUGCAUAGAAACUUUCCACUUGGAAGAAAAAGCUUCAACAGAAUUUGAAACACUAAAUCUUUGCUGCUUUGCUGCCACAUGAAUUCAGGGAUGUAAAGCACCUGUAGGUCUUUAAAUAGCAAAGGAUUUUGUUCAGUUUGUCACUGCUUCAGGGCUUCACCUGGUGAUCGGAUGAUUUAUGUUAUUAGCACAAAUCAGUGGCUAAAAUUCUCAACAUUAAUUAGCUAAACAUUUUAAAUGAGCCAUUUAUUUCACUCAUGCUACAGUGUGCCAAACUCAAACCACCAGAAUCGAGCCAAAAAGCCACAAAAAUUGUUUUUUUUGAUGUGUUAAAGUCACGACAUGACCUAAACCUGAUCUCCAUCAAAAAAUAUUUCUACUGCAGAGAGUAAAUUCAGUAGUGUCUAAAAAGGUAAACAUGUAAACUCGUAUGUUCUUCACAGAUUUGAUGUCUUCACAAUAAAUUCUGCACAGAGCUGCUUUUGUUCUAUUUAAAAUGUGACCACAUGGAAGACAUGGCUGUUGAUUAAAACAUUUCAGAAUAGAGGAGCCAUCUGUGGUUUUGAGUGCCCAUGUCAUGUCCGCAAUCUGUAAAAUAUAUUUUGACAGAAAAUUGUGACUGCGAUUUCCUCAAACAAUUUCUUCAGACAACUGCAAUUAAAGUUUUACUGAGCAAUUAUAUUUUGAGUAGCUUGUCUAAUUUCCUAUUAGUAAUCCUCUGAUUUUAAGAGGGAUUUCCCAAAUCAGCCCAGCUAGCUACAGUCCUGGUGAAGUGGUAGUGCACAGUAAUGAAAUUAAAGGAGCAUUUACCAACAUAUCUGAAAUAGCUGCAAUAAAUGA